GAAUAAUGUUAAUUUUGUUUGUUUACAAGAUAAAUAAUAGUAUAAGUAUAUGAGUACAGUCCAGAUAUGCUAAAAUUCUAAUAAUACGACAAAAGGAAGGUAACCACUCAAGUUCAUGAAUCUAACCAUUGCUCCGACCAGACCACUAUAUAAACCCCUUUCCCCCACAACUCUUUCUCCUCACCCAUACGGCAAAGUACUCACCAAGUCACAGUUUCUUUCAAAUACCAUUUAAAACAAAAAAAAAUGCCUUCUUCCUCAGUAACAGAAAUCUCGAAAUGCAUAGUGUAUCCGGAGAAGAGGUCGACCGUCGCGGAUCUCCGUCUCUCCGUCUCUGACCUCCCUAUGCUCUCUUGCCACUACAUUCAAAAAGGCGUCCUCCUCACUCGCCCUCCUUCUUCCCUCCCCUUCGACGACCUUCUCUCCACUCUCCGCCGCUCUCUCUCCUCCACUCUCUCUCUCUUCCCUGCUCUAGCCGGCCGUUUCUCCACCAGCCCCUCCGGUCAUAUCUACAUCACCUGCAACGACGCCGGAGUCGAAUUCGUGGCUGCUUCCGCCAAACACGUCACCGUCUCCGACGUUCUCCCUCCCGGCACAGACGUCCCUCUCCUCGUCCGCGAGUUCUUCGUUUUCGAGCGCCUCGUUAGCUAUAACGGACACCAUAAGCCUCUCUCCGCCGUCCAAGUGACGGAGCUAGCCGACGGUGUCUUCGUCGGAUGCACCGUUAAUCACUCCGUCACGGAUGGAACUUCCUUCUGGCACUUCUUCAACACCUUCGCUGACCUCACCAGCGGCGCUUGCAAGAUCAAACACCUUCCUGAUUUCUCCAGAAACACCGUCUUCGACUCCCCCGUGGCUCUACCAGUCCCUCCCGGUGGUCCACGUGUGACCUUCGACGCCGAUCAGCCUCUCCGGGAGAGAGUUUUUCAUUUCAGCAGAGAAGCGAUUUUGAAAUUGAAACAGAGGACUAACAGCAAAGUCAACGGAAUCGAAACGGUCGUCAACACAGAAGAGUUACUCGGGAAAGUAAGCAAUGACGGGAUGAAAACUAACGGUAACGGAAAGAUAACGAAUAAGAAGAAUCACGAUCGAACGGCUGAGAUUUCGUCAUUCCAAUCACUCAGUGCUCAGCUAUGGAGAUCAGUUACGCGAGCAAGGAACCUAGAUCCGAGCAAGACGACGACGUUUAGGAUGGCGGUUAACUGCCGCCACAGGCUCGAGCCUAAGAUGGAUCCUUACUACUUCGGAAACGCGAUACAGAGCAUACCGACGAUGGCGUCCGCGGGAGAUGUGCUCACGAAAGAUCUCCGAUGGUCCGCCGGUCAGCUUCACAGGAACGUGGUGGCGCACGACGACGCGACGGUCCGCAGCGGGAUUGCCGAUUGGGAGAGUAAUCCGAGGCUUUUCCCUCUCGGAAAUCCGGACGGAGCUUCGAUCACGAUGGGGAGCUCGCCGAGAUUCCCAAUGUACGACAACGAUUUCGGAUGGGGAAAGCCGUUAGCGGUGAGGAGCGGCGGAGCGAACAAGUUCGACGGGAAGAUCUCGGCGUUUCCAGGGAGAGAAGGGAACGGAAGCGUGGAUCUCGAAGUGGUUCUGGCGCCGGAAACCAUGGCUGGGAUUGAGAACGAUUCCGAGUUUAUGCAAUACGUUUCUGAAGUCAGUUAUGACUGUUGAAACGACGGCGUUUCCUGCUUAUCUAAGUGGAUAGAGGAGGAAACUCGAUGGCACUUUGAACGGUUGAGAUUUAUUUUAUCUACAAAAAUUUUAGAUAUUUCAAUCUUUACGAGUUGUUGUGGAACGACGGCGGUUGAUAAGUAUUUUAUGGUCUUUGUUGUUUCCUGGUCACGUUCUUAAUGUGCCAUAUUCAUGUACAAAAUCCCGUCUUUUUCAAUUCGAUAAUGCUACCUUUUUUUCCUACUAUAAAGUUUCAGAAACUAAUUUUCUUGAUUUUUGUAGGAUAAAAUAAAAAUAUCCCCCAUAAAUAAUUGUGCUUUAUUAGGUGACAAAAGGAUGAUUUGUAAUGGGAUCCAGCUCGUAUUUUUAAAUUGUACAUUUGUAAGAAAGCCCAAAAGCCUAAUAAGACUUUU